AUGUUGCAAUUAUCGGCGUACGACAUCAACCCCAUAAAUCCUUUCCUUCCCCCCAAGUCCACCAGUCUCACUCCUCUCCAACAGGGUGCCGGCGACCUCGGUCCCCACAUCAUCUCCGCUCUCCUGGAAACCGGCAUCUUCACCGUCACCGUCAUCAGCCGCCCCACCUCGACCUCGACCUUCGCUCCCGGCGUGACGGUCCGCCGCAGCGACUUCACCACUCCCUCCCUCCUCGACGCCUUCCGUGGCCAGCACGCCGUCAUCGACGUCCGCGCCCGUCCCGACGUUCCCGCCUGGACAGCCACUGCUUCCGCCGCAGCCGCCGCAGGCGUGCGCCGCUUCAUCCCCAGUGACUUCGUGCUCGACAUCGAUAACGCCGCCUGCGGCGACCUCUAUCCGGAGAACCGCCAGCGCUGUGCUAUCCGCGCGUAUCUGAAGGAGCUGGCGGACAAGAAUCCUGGGUUCUCGUGGACGGCGGUUACGAAUGGGCCUUUCUUGGACUGGAGAGAUGCUCACAAGGGUGUGGAUGGACAGGGUCUCCGCACCGGAUUCCUCGGCUUCGACCUCGCAACUGCCUCCGCGACCAUCUACGACAGCGGUGACGCCACCUUCUGCGCUACGACCUUGCCUGAUGUCGGGAAGGCCGUUGCGAGUAUCUUGCUCCAUACGAAAGAGACAGCGAAUACUAGCGUGCACAUAUCGUCUGUCACGACGUCACAGAAUGAGCUACUGAGAGUGCUCGUGGCGAAGACGAGAAAAGAGUGGACUGUAAAGGAGAGAAUUGAUACAGAGGAGUCUCUGCGCAGGGGGAAGUCGAGACAGGCGGCAGGUGAUUUCUCCAGGGAGACUAUCUAUGCGUCUGCUAUGGCGGCCAUUUUCAAUCCAGUGUACGGGUCUGACUUUUCGAAGGCGGCGGAAGGGUGGAACAAGCUCCUGGGGUUGGAGAGGAGGGGUAUUGAAGAGCUGGUGAGAGAAUCUGUUGAGGGAAAGGUUUGA